AUGGUUUAUGACGAAGAAGGGUUACUUCCAGAUCCAUUGGUCUUGACGGACAAGGCACUUCAUACCCGCAUGAAGAAAAACGCCUAUAAUGCAUACUCUAUGGGUUCAAUGUUGCAACUUGAGCCCCUCGUUGAUGCAGUGACAGAUCGUUUCUUCAAAAUCCUCGAUGAGGUAGUUGAGACUCCGACUCGGACGUGCGAUUUGGGAAAGUGGUUGCGAUAUUAUGCAACCGACGUCAUCUUCGCUGUUACUUUCGGCGAGGACCUUCAAUUCAUGGAAAAGGGAGAUCCAAUUGGAAUGAUGCCAAUGCUUGAAUACAUUGCUGGAGACUAUGUGUCAAUUGUUGGUCAAUUCCCAUGGGUUCACAAAUUCUUGCUUGGCAAUAGCUUCGUUUCCAAACUAGUACUUGGAAGCAGUGCACCGGACGGGGCUACUUUAGACCUGGCACAAAAGCAGGUCGUGAAAUUCCGCGAGAAGAUGGCAGCGCAGUUAGUGACCGGUCCUUGCUCAUUUGUGCAACGACUUUUGGAACACCAAGUAGCCCACCCAGACUCCAUCACGGAUCGAGAACUAAACACCCAUGCAUUUGGAAAUAUUACCGCAGGAGCAGACACCACUGCGAUUGCCAUGCGGACGGUUAUGUUCAACGUGGUAAAACACCCCGAAAUUUACGACACCCUAUGUCGUGAGAUUCGCGAGGCCAGAUUGACCCUUCCAAUCACAUACACCGCCGCCAGCACCCUCCCAUAUCUAGAUGCAGUCAUCAAAGAGGCUCUGCGCAUCCACCCACCUACCGGUAUCAUGUACGGCCGAACCGUGCCGCUGGGGGGUGCUACUGUGUGUGGGAAGUUUAUGCCAGCGGGCACGGAAGUAGGGAUCAGUCCUUGGGUGCUGCAUUAUGACCCCGAGCUAUUCCCUGACCCUCAGAAGUUCCAGCCAGAGCGUUGGUUGUCUACGGACGUGGACUUGCUGGCGCAAAGGAAGAGGUCGAUAUUUGCGUUUAGUGCUGGCUCGCAUACCUGUCUUGGGAAACAUAUUAGCUUGAUGGAAAUUACGAAGUUGGUUGCGUCGCUGCUAAUGCAGUAUGAUAUUGCAUUGGUGGAUCCGAAUGCGAAGCUGUCAUUCAAGUGUCGCUGGUUUACGCCUCAGAAAGGAUUGAUGGUGAAAUUGGCUAAAAGACGACUUUAG